AAUCGGCUAAAGAAGAAAGGGAGUGACAAGAAAGGACUUUACAUAAAAUCGGCAAACCUUCCAGCCAAGAGAUCGGCAAAGGAGCAGGAGGAAUGAGGAAAUUGAAACUCCAUGAGCAAAAACUAUUGAAGAAGACUGAUUUCCUUAGUUGGAAGAGGGAAGGUGGAAUCAGAAAAACGUAUGUUACUCCUAAAAACAACAAUAAGAAGAAGAUUACUCAACAUGGUCAUCACCUUCAACCUCUGACUAAGAAAGUUGUCUCGUCGUCUCAUGAUGAACAAGCAGCCGUACUUCCUAGCAAGAAGCAGGUUUUUACUAAACUGCCAAGGAAGCUUUUAUCCACUGACAAAUCCAUGAAUGUUAGCAAUAAUGCUGGAAACAAACCAACAACUGAUAUGUCAGAAGCCACCAAGAAAACUCAAGGAACUUUGUCAGGCAAGCGACCACGAAAUCACGAUAUAAUGGAGGGAAGAAAAGGAACCCGUCAGACUUGGGUCGAGUCAAAAGCAUACCAAUAUUUUACUAUGGAUUACAGUGAAGUUCGAAGAAGACGACCCGUACACAACAAGUUCAUGCCGCUCCAACACUGAAAAGGAUGUAGUUCCAAAUCUGAGUACCUAAUUCUUCCUGUAGGAGAAAUAGUAUUGUAAUUACUAAGUAGGUGAUAUCAGAACUGUUUUCGCCUCUAAGCUACUGUUAAUGGCCGACACUAGAGAGUAAAACAAUAGAUUUGUUUUCAGCUUUUGAGGUUAAAUAUCUAAUGUUGUUAAAUUAAGUAUUAAGGUUUAAGUUAACGAUGUAGUCAAAAGAUUAAUUUCAAACCCCAACACUUCGUUAUUA